CGCAUGUAGUCGGUGUUCUCUGUUGUUGGCGCAGAAAUAACCAAAUCAAUGUCCGAAAAUGCUCGUGACCGAUAUAAACAACGUUAAAAUUUACAACCUCAGCGGUGGCAAGUCCGUCCCAGAAUGGCUAUCAAAUAGGAAACAAAAAAAUGCCUCAAAGAAACACGCGGACAACGACCGGCGUAUCGAGCUGAUCCAAGACUUCGAUAUGCCCGGUGUGGCGUCCUGCAUUGCGGUCUCCCCAGAUGGGCAGUACAUCUUGGCCACCGGAACAUACAAACCGCGCGUCAAGUGCUUCGAAGUUUGCAAUUUGUCGCAGAAGUUCGAGCGCUGCUUCGAUUCGGAGGUGGAAAAGUUUGCCAUUCUCUCCGAUGACUACGGCAAGGUGGUCUUCCUGCAUGCGGACCGAUACGUAGAGAUACAUGCUGCCCACGGUCGACAUUAUCGGUUGCGUGUGCCUUGUUUCGGACGAGACCUGGUGUACCACAAGCCGUCAUGCGAUUUGCUGGUUGUCGGAGCAUCGCCCGACAUUUACAGGUUAAAUCUGGAGCGGGGCCAGUUUCUGCUACCCUACACGAACUCCUCGGCUAGCGCAAUCGACUCCAUCACCGUGAACCCUGAGCAUCAACUGAUCUGCGCGGGCACUCAGGAAGGUACACUGGAAGCGUGGGACCAUCGGGAUAGGAGUUGCGUUGGCACGUUGGAUGUGGCGGCUGGUUUACAAAAUACGAAAGAGGUAGCAUCAGUGACGGCGCUCGAGUUCAAGAACGGGCUCACCAUAGCGGCCGGAACGUCAACCGGACACGUCUUGCUGUACGACAUUCGAGCUCGAAAUCCGCUCGCUGUGAAGGAUCAUCUAAACCAGUUGCCGAUAAAAAAGAUACGAUUCCAGCCGGAACAAAAGUCCGUCUACUCGCUCGAUAGUGCUAUGCUGAAGAUUUGGGACGAAACGACCCUCAAGCAGAAGGCUUGCAUCGAGGCCGUUAGCAAUUUCAACGACUUUGCGCACUAUCCGGGCAGUGGGUUGUUUCUGUUCGCCCAAGAGGACACCAAGAUGCUACCGUAUUACGUCCCCAUCGAAGGGCCAGCACCCAAGUGGUGUUCAUUCUUGGACAAUCUGGUGGAGGAAAUGGAUUCGGAAGCGGUCCAGAAUGUGUACGAUGACUACAAGUUCAUCACCAAGCAGGAGCUUGCAGAACUUAAGCUGGACCAUUUGGAGGGAACCCGAAUGCUGCGUGCCUACAUGCAUGGCUUCUUCAUCGACAUUCGACUUUACAACAAAGCGAAAUCCGUCUCGGAGACGUUUGUCUUUGAUGGGUUCCGCAAGGAGAAAAUUCGCAAGCAUAUUGAAGCGGCUCGUCCUGCUCGUAUCCAGCUGAAGACGGCCCUACCGGAGGUAAACAAGGAGCUAGCUCAGCAGCUGAUGGAAGAGGAGCAUAUGAGCAACGCCAAGCGAAGUGCAAUUGCGAAGGGUGUGCUCAGUGACGAACGCUUCAAAACCAUGUUCGAGAAUCCGGACUUUGAGAUCGACAAGGAGGCGAACGAGUAUCGUAUCCUGAGUAUGGUACUGAAGCGUGUGGAGCGUGAUAAAGCUCGACGAAAGGAAAACGUGGUCCUAGAAGGGCCCGGAGAUGACGAUGAAAAGCAACAGAGCACCGAUGAUGAUCUGUACAGUGAGAAGAGUGAGAGUGAAUCGGAGGACGAGAAAAAAGAAUCGGACGAAGAAAUCGAUAAUGUAGAGCCGCCGGUUAGUAGCAAGAACGGUGGUAGUAAAAAGGUAACUAGCGAAAGUUUUGUGCGGAAACCAUCGGCGCCCCCAAUGCAGCAGGAUGAUAAAAGCAAUGGAGAGUUCUCGUUGUCGGUAGAGGAAGGGGCCAACUUUAACAUCAUGCAACCAUCGAGGCAAAUUCAAUCUGUGUCACUUGGCAAACGGGUGACCAAACUGGAGCAUAAUACGACAAGCGUCCAGUUCGACAAUGGCAUUGGCAGACGGGAAAUAACCUUUACGUUGCCCGACCGAAAGAAGGGUAACAAAACUGAUCAGGAACGGGACCGUUCGCGCCAACAGAUGCUGAAAAAGCACAAAGAAGAACGGCGCCAGGUCAUCCGUUCGGCGAAGGGAGUCAUCAAAAAGAUGGUGACGAAAAAACCUUAUGGUCGUUAAGAAUUGCGGACGUGUUAGUAGGAAUAAAAACUACAUAUAUUUAAUUUCGAUAGUACCAGGUGUUUUAUUGCCA